UCUGUUAUAAGGGCUCCCCACACGUGAAUGGUGUCAUUUGUCCGUCCGCGGAAAACACUUUCCAGUCAUUCCUUGUAUGGUGCUAACUUCAUUGAUAACUCGUACCCUGGUUCACCUGGGAUACACGCGGACCUCUGAGAUAUUGCCUGGUCCGACAUUCAACAAAUACAGGUGGUUUUGGAUUCUAUAGAAGUUACGGAGGCCGUAUUUGUGUACCUGAUCUGAACUGUGCGUACAGUAUCGUUUGCAGAGACGAGGUGGACCACAGCCAGCGGUAAAUACUCUUACUCAACACGGCACAGGCCAGCUAGUUGUCAAGACAACAUACUUAUAUGUAUGUGUGUUUGAGUCCGGCUCCGUUUCAUCGGAAAGUGUUGCCUCACAUAGUUUAUAUUUCGCUGACACUGCGUGAUUGUGUGUACACAUAAGACGUAUUUGACUCUAGGCAGCGCCGAACUGUUUUGGGACACCCCAAUUCUCGCUUUUACACACGUUGUGUCCGGGGAACACCGGAAGCUUUUUUUUGGAGGUUAACACUCCCUCAGUCCAUUGUUCAAGUGGUUUUGAAUAAAUAGAAGGCAGAAUGAAUAAUAAUGACGACCUCGUCCAGAAACGAGAACUGGAGGAAGAGGAGGAGAUGCCGCUCGCAGAAAAGGAUCUCGCAUCUGACGCGCCCUGGAAGAGAAUCCAGCAGAAUACUUUUACAAGAUGGUGCAACGAGCAUCUGAAGGUAGCCAACAAACAGAUAGUUAGUUUGGAAACAGAUUACAACGAUGGUUUGCGCCUCAUUGCGCUGGUCGAAGUGCUUUCCCACAAGAGGAUUCCCCGAUUCAACAAGCGGCCGACGAUGCGACCCAUGAAGCUAGAAAAUGUGUCACUGGCGUUAAAAUUCUUGGAAGAUGAAGGCAUCAGGCUUGUUAACAUCGAUUCGGGUGACAUUGUUGAUGGUCGUAUGAAACUCAUACUUGGAUUAGUAUGGACUCUUAUCUUGCAUUACUCCAUCUCCAUGCCGAUGUGGGAGGAUGAAGGAGAGGGAAUAGAACAGAAAGGAAGAGCACCAACACCUAAAGAGCGACUGAUGGGAUGGAUCAAUUCUAAACUUCCAGACAAUCCAAUUAGGAAUUUCACAACCGAUUGGAACUCUGGUAAAGCUAUUGGUGCUUUAGUUGAUGCUGUAGCUCCAGGCUUGUGUCCUGACUGGGAGGAUUGGGAUCCAGCCAAUGCUUUGGAUAAUGCCAGAGAGGCCAUGAAGGCAGCAGAAGAUUGGUUAGAUGUACCACAGGUGAUGCGACCAGAAGAUAUGGUAAACCCUAAAGUAGAUGAUCUCAGUAUGAUGACUUAUUUGUCCAAAUUUCCAAGUGCUAAACUCAAACCAAAUGCUCCACUACGACCACGCUCUAAUGCAAAGAAGGUGCGUGCCUAUGGACCUGGUAUUGAACCAGAAGGUAAUGCCGUUUCCAAGCCUACUCAUUUUACUAUUGAGACGUUCAGCGCAGGCCAUGGUAAAGUUGAAGUGGAUAUUGAGAAUCCUAAUGGACAGAAAGAAGAUUGUCAAGUGACAUUUAAUAAUGAUAAGAAUAGAACUUAUACCGUUGUGUACACUCCUAAAAUGUCUGGAAAGUACAAGAUAAUAAUACAUUACAGUAAGACCCAAAUACCCAAGAGUCCUUUUAUAGUGAACAUUACUGAUGUUCCUGGAGAUGCUAAAAAAUGCAGUGCUAAGGGGCCAGGUCUACAACCUGUUGGUUUGAUUGUAGGACAACAAACAUACUUUGAAAUUUUUACUGCUGUGUUCAACCCCAAGAAAGCCUAUGCAACUGGCCGUGGUAUACAGCCAAAGGGUAUCCGAGCAAAUGAGGAUGCAGUGUUUACAGUACACACUAAAGAUGCAGGAGAAGCUGAACUAAGAAUUCAAAUCAUUGGUCCAGGUGGUAUUAAUGAACCAGUUCAAAUUGUUAACAAUCAAGACGGUACUUACACUAUCACAUACCGCCCAAUGAAACCAGGUCGUUAUAUUAUCAAUAUCACCUAUGGUAAAGAACACGUUUCAAAGAGUCCAUUCACAGUAACUGUUGGGCCACAGGCUGAGGCUCCUGUAUCAUAUGUCAAAGCAUAUGGUCCUGGAUUGGAGAGUGGAGUGGUUGGAUUCCCAUGUGUUUUCACUGUAGAAACCAAUGGUGCUGUAGGUGCUUUAGGAUUCUCUAUUGAAGGGCCAUCUGAAGCUGAGAUAAAAUGUGUAGAUAAUGGAGAUGGUUCUUGUGAAGUUUCUUAUUUCCCAACCCAAGCUGGAGAAUAUGCCAUACAUGUCACUUGUGAUGAUGAAGAUAUCGUCUAUAGUCCAUUCAUGGCACAGAUUAUACCUAACCCUGGUGGAUUUGAUGCGUCUAAAGUCAAAGCAUUUGGUAAAGGCAUAGAAAAAGAUGGACCACAGUUGAACCAACCUGUUGAGUUUAUCAUUGACACAAGAGCUGCUGGACAUGCUCCAUUGAAGGUCAGCGUAUGUGACCAGUAUAGUAAUGAUAUACCAGUUGAAAUCAAGGACAACGGCGAUGGUACAUUUACUUGUAUCUACACUGCACCCAGACCAGUUAAACACACCGUAAAUGUUACAUUUGGUGCAGUUGCUAUUCCAAACAGUCCCUUCAGAGUAGAAAUUAGCGGUGGCGCUGAGAAAGUUAAAGUAUAUGGUCCUGGCAUUGAACCAGAGAAGGUGAUAUCCACAGAAACUACUACAUUUACUGUUGAUGUCACAGAAGCUGGUGGACCAGGUCCUAUUUAUGUGGCUGUUAAGUCGGCUCCUGGUGUGAAUGGCAAAGAAGAGAAAGAAAUCAAAUCAAAUAUCAAAGACAAUAAAGAUGGCACAUACACAAUCACUUACACACCAGAGGCUCCUGGAAAAUAUGCUGUUGCUGUUGGUUACCAUGGCAAACCAAUCCCACAGAGCCCCAUCUAUCUGGAUGUACAGCCUAAGAUUGAUCUUAGUAAAGUGUAUAUAGAUGGACUGGAAGAGAAAGUAACAGUUAACCAAGUUGUUGAGUUUGACGUAAUUACAUCAGGAGCUGGUGAAGCACCCCUCAAAUGCUCCAUCAAGGCUCCAUCUGGAGUCUACACUGAAGUAAUUGUAGAUGAAACCGUUGAUGGAUAUGGAGUCAGUUUCACACCCACCGAAGAAGGAGAGUACGUGAUUGAGAUUACUUUUGCCAACAAACCUAUUAACAAGAGUCCAUUCAAGACCGUAGCUGUUCCAGGAGCUGACCCAACCAAGUGCAGAGCUUAUGGUCCUGGGCUUAAAGGAUCCCAUGUUAAAAUUCCAGCUAAUUUCACUAUUGAGACUGGUAAAGCUGGUACUGGUGCUCUUGGUGUUACAAUUGAAGGCCCCAGUGAAGCUAAGAUUGAUUGUAAAGACAACGGCGAUGGUUCAUGCUCAGCGAGCUACGUUGCUAAUGAUAUUGGUGUCUAUAAUGUCAAUAUCACGUUUGCUGAUCAACACAUACCUGGUUCUCCAUUCAAAGCCAAGGUGUUUGAUGCUUCUAAGGUAGUUGCUACUGGUCCUGGUUUGGAAAUGGCCAGAGCUAAUGAGCCAGCUGAUGUGGACAUUGACACUACAAAGGCAGGUGCAGUACCUUCUGAUCUAGGAGAAGCACCCCUGACUUGUAGUGUUCUCAGUCCUACUAAUCAGCCAAUUAGUUGCGACAUUGAUGACAACAAAGAUGGUACCUUUGAUGCCUCGUACUACCCUAAGGAACUUGGUCCCCACACUGUUGAUAUCCGUUAUGGUGGAUACCCCAUACCUAAGACACCAAUAAAGGUCCCUGUAAAGCCAGCAAUUGACGUCAGCAAAAUCAAUGUAUAUGGAUCUGGUAUUGAACCAAAGGGAGUGUUUUUAGAUUCGACUGCAGAGUUCACCGUGGAUGCCAAGGGUAUCGGUGGAUUACCAGAGGAUGCAUUAAAGUGUGCCGUUACAAAUCCAUUUGGUAAUAAACUAGAGACCGCUAUUAAGGAUAAUAAAGAUGGAACAUACAAUGUUAGCUAUGCACCGUUUGAAGAAGGUAUACAUAAAGUUGAUGUUGAGGUUGCCAGUAAACCAGUUGGUAAAUCACCAUACAAUGUAGGUGUUGUUAGAGGAUCAAAUGCUGCUAAGUGUAAAGCCUAUGGUCCUGGCCUUGAAAGUGGAAACACUCAUAAACCUUGCAACUUCACCGUGGAGACUAAAGGUGCUGGAACUGGUGGCUUGGGUUUGGCUGUGGAGGGCCCCAGUGAAGCCAAGAUGACAUGUAAAGACAACAAAGAUGGCACAUGUAGUGUGGAAUACUGGCCAACUAAACCAGGCGACUAUGAAAUUCAAAUCAAAUUUGCUGAUCAACAUAUACCAGGCAGUCCAUUCCACUCGACCAUAGAAGAUAUCGUAGAUCCAACUAAAGUCAAAGCAAGUGGUCCUGGAUUAGAACGUGCUGGUGUCAGAGCAGCUGCACCUGCUACAUUUACAGUGGAUGCCACAAAGGCUGGAGUGGCCCCAUUAGAUGUCACUGUCAUCCCAGAAAAAGGGCCUAAAGAGAAAGCUCAGAUCAAGGACAAUGGAGAUGGUACAUUUGAAUGUACCUACUUACCACAACAAGAGGGCAAGUGUACUGUGGAUGUCAAAUAUGCUGACCAACAUAUUCCACAAAGCCCAUUCCAUACCAAGAUUCUUCCUUCUCAUGAUGCAAGCAAGGUCAAAGUUCGAGGCCCAGGAUUGGAAAAAACUGGAAUCCCUGCUAGUUUACCAAUUGAAUUCAUUGUUGAUACAAGGGAUGCUGGUGAUGCCGAACUCACUAUCACCAUCACUGAUGCUAAUGGAAAGCACAUCAAACCUGAUAUCAUCGAUAAUGGCGAUGGCACCUACAGAAUUAUCUAUACACCGACAGAUGUUGGUCGCUAUACUAUCACAGUGAAAUACGGUGGUGACAAUGUGCCUUACUCACCGAUUCAAGUUCGCACUAGCCCCACUGGGGAUGCCAGCAAGUGCCAUAUUGUCGGUGUUAAAUGUGGUGAUGUGGAUAUUCCUAUUGUCAGGCAAAUGAGCACAGCAUCUGACCAAGGCUCUGUGUCAUCCUAUUCUUCCACUUCUACUACAACAACUACCACAACCACAACAAGAGAAACAAUCACAAAGACUGUCACUGUGCAUGAGGAGACCAUCAUCAAGGUGAACUCUGAAGAUGCUGGUAAAGGGCAUGUCACUGCCACGGUUACUGCACCUGAUGGUACUGAUGUGGGCGAUGUUAAAGUGGUUGAUAAUGGUGAUGGUACAUUUGAUAUUGUAUGGACAUGUCCAGCCUCUGGUCGGUAUACUUUAGACAUCAAGUUUGGUGGUGUUGCAAUCACUGGUGGUCCAUUCAGAGUUGUGGCUGAAGAGGGGGCCCCUCAUACAGAUAUAGACGGCAUGCCGCAGGAUAUGAGACCAUUUGACUUGGUAAUACCAGUUACUGGUGCUGGCACAGGAAAGAUUACUGGUGAUGUAAGAACUCCAUCAGGAAAGCAUCAUAAACCUAAUAUUACAGAAAAUAAAGACGGUACAAUUACUGUGAAGUAUUCACCAACGGAACGAGGUCUACAUGAGCUAUCAAUCAAUUAUAAUAAUAAACAUGUUGCAGGUAGCCCAUUCCAGUUCCAUGUUGACGAAUUAAAAAGUGGCCAUGUUUCAGCAUAUGGUCCUGGUCUUACCCAUGGCAUUUGUUCAGAACCAUGUAACUUUACCAUCAAUACAAAGGAUGCUGGUGCAGGUGGCUUGGCUCUCGCUGUGGAAGGUCCAUCAAAGGCUGAAAUCAAAUGUAUAGACAACAAAGAUGGCACUUGCAGUGUUUCGUACUAUCCAACAAAACCCGGUGAUUAUUCAGUAAUAGUGAAAUUUGCUGAUAAACAUGUACCUGGUAGUCCAUUUACUGCAAAAAUAACAGAUGAGACUGGAAGGCCAGUAGCUGUAGGUAGAUCUAGUGAAGUAGCUCUCAAAAUCACAGAGACUGAUCUUAGUUUGUUAACUGCAUCUAUCAAGAGUCCAUCAUCUCCAAAAGAGGAACCGUGUCAGUUGAAGAGAUUACCAAAUGGCAAUAUUGGCAUAUCUUUCACUCCCAAAGAAACCGGUGAACACCUUGUCAGCGUAAAGAAACAUGGUCGCCAUGUUACUAAUAGUCCAUUCAAAAUCAAAGUUUUAGCUCAAGAGAUAGGAGAUGCUAGUAAAGUAAAGGUUAAAGGAUUGGGUAUUGCUGAGGCAGAUGCUGGAGAAAUUGCAGAAUUUUUGGUAGAUACUAAAAAUGCUGGCUAUGGAGGUUUAGGUGUAUCUAUAGAAGGACCUAGCAAAGCUGAUAUCAACUGCGAAGACAAUGGCGAUGGUACAUGUACUGUUACUUAUCGUCCAACAGAACCAGGAAAUUACAUUCUGAAUGUUAAAUAUGCAGAUGAACAUGUGCCAGGAAGUCCAUUUAAGGUCAAGGUUCAUGGUGAAGGUUCAGGUAAAUUUGUGGAGACCAUUACUCGCAAGAGGCAAGCUGCAGCCGUCUCUCACGUUGGUAGUGAAUGUGAAUUGGGGUUGAAAAUACCAGGUACUGAUCCCCUUGACAUGACAGCACAAGUGACAAACCCAUUGAAUAAAACAGAAGAUGCUGAGAUAAUUGAUGGUAGCGGAUGCACGUACAUAGUCAAGUUUGUUCCUACUAUGAUGGGAGUCCACACAGUCAGUGUGAAAAACAGAGGAGCACAUGUGGCAGGAAGUCCGUUCCAGUUCACAGUAGGCCCACUUGGUGAUGGAGGUGCCCACAGAGUACGGGCCGGUGGUCCAGGUCUUGAAAGAGGAGAAGUUGGACAGAAGGCAGAGUUUACAGUAUGGACAAGAGAAGCUGGUCCCGGCAGUUUAGCCAUCUCUGUAGAAGGACCUGCUAAAGCCGAGAUUGACUUUGAAGAUAAGAAAGACGGCUCUUGUCAAGUUAGUUAUUUACCAACUGAACCUGGCGAGUAUACGGUUUCUGUUAAGUACAAUGAUGAACACAUCCCAGACAGUUCCUUCAAAGUGUUUGUUACUCCAUCUAUUGGUGAUGCUCGCCGACUGAGUGUAACUAGUUUACAAGAGACUGGACUCAAACCAAAUCAACCAGCUUCAUUUGCUGUUCAAUUGAAUGGUGCUAAAGGAUUUAUAAGUGCUAAAGUGGUGGCACCAUCAGGUGCUGAGGAUGAGUGUCUCAUCACAGAAGUUGACGAAGGACACUAUGCUGUGAGGUUUUUACCAAAAGAGAAUGGUGUUCAUAUGAUACAUGUAUUAUUCAAAACUGCUCAUAUUCCUGGCAGUCCAUUCAGAGUCCGUGUCGGUGGUGUUGAUGGUGAUCCUGGCAUGGUGCAUGCUCAUGGACCUGGUCUAGAGGGAGCCCGUACUGGUGACAAGACCUGGUUUAUAGUGAAUACCUGUGGUGCUGGUGCCGGUGCCCUGGCUAUAACUAUAGAUGGACCAUCUAAAGUUACUAUGGAUGUGGAGGAAGUACCUGAAGGUUAUAAAUGUUCUUAUACACCUAUGGCUCCUGGUGAUUACUUUGUUACCAUCAAAUAUGCCGGAGCUCAUCACAUUGUAGGCAGUCCUUUCAAAGUUAAAGUCACUGGUGUCAAUAAAGCCGGUGUGACAGGUAUUCAUGAGAGUUCACAGGUUGUUGUGGAGACAGUUACUAAGACUACCACCACUACCAACUAUGGGUCUAUGCCGAAGUUUACAUCAGAUGCUAGUAAGAUUGUAUCCACUGGUAUGGGCUUGAAGAAGGGUUUUAUCAACAAAAAGGCACAGUUCACUGUUAAUGCUUCUGAUGCAGGUCAGAAUAUGUUGACUGUCGGUAUUGCUGGACCUAAAACUCCUUGUGAGGAAAUUAUUGUCAAACAUAAUGGAAAAAACCGAUAUGUCAUCAAUUACAUACUCAAAGAAAAAGGCAAUUACAUUAUGCUUGUGAAGUGGGGAGAGGAACACAUCCCAGGAAGUCCUUUCAACAUAGUGUGUACAUAAAUAAUGCUACACAGAACAAACAAACACGUGUAAUAAGUCAAUCAAAAAAUCACAUUUCUUAAUUUUUUUUUCUACAUUACUGUGCCUUUUAUCAUUAAUUGCUAUUAAAAAUUUAAAAAGACAAUUAAAGAACAAAUAAUUCAUCUUCCUUGCAUGUGUUUCUAAAGAAUUGUAGCGUUAUACAAAUGUAUAAGUAAUAUGUCUGAUAUAUAAUCUAACAAAGAUACUUAAAUGAUGCUGGUUAACUAGUAUUCAAUGAAUUCACUGGAAAGAGAUAGGAUGCCAGUGACCAUACCUAUGCACAUCUAACAAAAAAAGUAUGAGUUAAUAGUGUCUUCCAGUAUUUUUUAUGAAACAUUAUAAAUCUUUGUUAAAAACAACAACCCACUGACUGAAAUGUAUUCAAGUAAUAGUAUUGCAAAUUUUAUUAUAUAUUUAGCAAAAGAAAUCAAGUUUUUGAUUAAAAUUUUUAAAAAAAAAUGUAAUAUUAUAGAAUUAUAAUAUUAAUGGAAUGAACUGCAUUAGGAAAAUCUUUUAACUGCUUUUAAAAAAUGGUCUUUGAACUCCGUAAUGAGUAAUAUUAUGUAAAGUGACUUUUGAAUGGCCAGUCAGUGAUGGUGUAAAAUGUAUCAAUGAUAAUUUUUCAUGCACCAAGCAGAUAGUGUCACAGUAUUGAGUUCAAAGGCUUUAGGAGGUACAGUUCUGAAUUUUGCAUAAUUUGUCUUGCCAGGAAAAAAAAUUCCAAAAAUAAAUGUGUGACUUGAUCUGAAAUUAGGAAUGGACGAGUGUGUAUUUUCACAAGAGAGAAAGAAUAUAAGGAGUUACGUCUAUCAUAAUUAUUGCGAAUAUUUUGAAAUAGUUUGCAUGCUUUUUAAAGCCACUCUAAUAUAGUGUAAUGAUAGAGGAAACCAUCACACCUUUAUUUCUAGUGAAAAAGGACAUUUUUUUUCUAGUAACUGUUUUAAAACACUUUUGUUAAUUUUUUUAUUUUUUUUUUCAUUUUUGGAUCAAGAAUACUCAAAAAUUUCUCAAUAAUCUUGCAAUGUAUCCUUUUUUCAUAGUUAGCCCUAGUUCCAUUCAACAUAAAAAAAUGUAAAUAAAAAUACCAAAAAAAUUAUUAAAACUCAAUAAAUAUGUUUUCGUUCAUACUGUCUGCUGAUGGUAGUUUUUGAUACUUUUAGUUAUUUUAUUACAGCAACACUAUGUGAAGCAAUCAUUGAACAUUUUUCAUACAAGACUUUUUUUUGUUUAUUUUUUUUUUUUGCAUACUUUUAUACCUUAGUUAAAUUUUGCGAGGCUGAUCCUACAAAUGUCACCUGCCAUGACCAUUAGUAGUUUAAUGUCAUUACUUUCAUAUUUUGUUAUUACAAAAAGCAAGAAAGAUGACCACAUUACUCUCAAUAAUUUGCAUUGUAGUUUGAUUUAGGAUAGGUUGUCUUCAGUUAGGUGAAUCUAAUGAUGGUUGGGAAUGGUUACACAAAUAAACUACUACAUUUUGACAAAACAAAACAA